AAUUCCCCUUUCUAAUCGUAGCCCUCCAAAAUGGGUCUAACAGUGUAAUGUUGCCUUCGUUUGCCCUUCUAUACAAUUAUUCCUUUAGCUUCCCUCCCUCUCCCUCCCCGAUUUGGUUUCUCCCCUUUCUGAUUUUUUUGUCCUCAUCAGCCCUAGAGUUCGCGUGGUUGGUGAAGUUCUUAGCACUAGUUUUUACGCCGUUGGUGAAGUUCUUUAGCCCUAGAUUUCGCUCGUCGUUAGCUACCGUUGCUGGUGAAGUUCUUAGCUAAAACGGAUAAGAAUGCUAAAAAUAAGGACUUAUGCGGAUGAUGGAUCGUGGGAAGCCUUGGAAGAGGACGAGUCUGAACUCCGCCGCCCGAUCGACAAUAAGGCAAUUUACCAUGCUCAGUAUCGAAGGCGUCUUCGUUCCCUUUCUUCCUUAGCAACCACCGCUACAAUUCAGAAGGAGACUUGCUGCUCUGACUCCUGGAUUUGCUGAAAAGACAUUGCGAAUGUUUGCAGUGAAGCUGCUGCUUUGAUUACUGCCAGACACAAAAGUAGAGUGAUCACUAUGACACACUUUGAAGGAGCUGUAGUCAAAGUCAUAGCAAAUCAUUGUCCCUUCCAUUGAAAUGGUUUGCUGUAGGGCAAUGCUGGUGGUAUGAGAGGAUGACUAGAGGUUGGCGUCGUGAGCAUUACCAAUGGAAUAUGGAUAUCACUGGUGUAGCUGAGGUUAUGAUAUGUGAAGUUAUUAAUUUUUGGUUGUAGCACAGUUGUGUCGAUCAGUUGGAUUUGGACUUUGGAGACAGCUAUCCCUCACCUCCCCAACCUUCGGCUCUUACUUUUGGACAAUGGGUAAUUGCUUUUCCAACGAUGCCGCUGGCCGGUCUGCCGUUGGUGGUACUGCCUUCUCCCAAAGUACUACUUCCAACGUUGCCAUAGAUUGUUUCUUGUUGUCUCGGGGCUAUCGGGGCCUCUAUUCCCAGAUUGAGCUUUCAUUCUCUGCAUCUAACUUGCGCGACCGUGAUGUAUUCUCCAAGAGUGAUCCAAUGCUGGUUAUUUAUGCAAAACGAAGGGACGGAACACUAGAAGAGCUUCAACGCACAGAAGUAGUUCAAAAUUCCUUAAAUCCAAAAUGGAUCCAUAAGCUUAACAUUACCUAUCAAUUUGAGGUUGUGCAAACUUUGGUGUUUUUUGUAUAUGACGUGGAUACACAAUAUCAAAACCUAGAAGUAAAGAUGCUGAAGCUAGAUGAACAGGAAUAUCUUGGUGAAGCAACUUGUGUACUAUCUGAGAUAGUUACCCAAUCAGACAGGUCACUUACAUUGGAUCUUGUAUAUAGAGAAGAUUCAACCAGCUCUACUCUGCCACACCACUGUGGAAAACUUACCAUUCAUGCUGAGGAGUGUGUUAGCUCAAAAACAACAACAGAGAUGAUAUUUAGGUGUUCAGACUUGGAACACAAGGAUCUCUUCUCAAGAAUUGACCCUUUUCUGGUUAUUUCAAAAAUUGUGGAGAGUAAGAGCUCAAUUCUGGUUUGCAAAACUGAAGUCAUAAAGAAUGAUUUGAAUCCCACAUGGAAGCCUGUAUUCUUGAAUAUGCAACAAGUUGGAAGCAAGGACAGCCCCUUAAUAAUAGAGUGUUUUAACUUCAACAGCAAUGGAAAGCACGAAUUGAUUGGAAAAGUUCAAAAAACACUAGUGGAGUUGGAGAAGCUUUCUUUUAGUGGGGAGGGAGAUAAUCUGUUCUUACUUCCUUCUGCUGGACAUGAUUACCAUAACAAAGUACUAAAAAGCCAGCUAUUUGUGGACAAAUUCUCUGAGAGCGUCCAACAAACAUUCCUUGAUUACUUGGCUGGUGGCUAUGAAAUGAGCUUCAUGGUGGCUGUCGAUUUCACAGCUUCAAAUGGAAACCCUCGCCUUCGUGAUUCCUUGCAUUUCAUUGAUCCUUCAGGGCGGCCAAAUUCAUACCAGCAAGCAAUCAUAGAAGUUGGAGAGGUGUUGCAGUUUUAUGACACAGAUAAACGCUUUCCUGCUUGGGGAUUUGGAGCACGACCAAUUGACGGUCCAGUUUCUCAUUGUUUCAACCUGAAUGGAAGUAGUCACUACUGCGAGGUUGAAGGAACUCAAGGAAUUUUGAUGGCAUAUACAAGUGCGCUCCAUAAUGUGUCUCUUGCAGGACCAACUCUUUUUGGGCCUGUGAUUAACAAUGCUGCAUUAAUUGCCAGUCAGUCUCUCGCAAAUGGUGGGCGGAAGUACUUUGUUUUGCUAAUAAUCACUGAUGGAGUGGUAACCGAUCUCCAAGAAACUAAAGAUGCUCUUGUGAAGGCAUCUGAUCUGCCGCUGUCCAUUCUCAUUGUUGGAGUGGGUGGAGCCGACUUUAAAGAAAUGGAGGUUUUAGAUGCGGACAAGGGAGAGAGACUUGAAAGUACAACUGGACGUGUUGCUUCACGAGAUAUAGUCCAGUUUGUUCCAUUUCGGGAUGUACAGGAUGGAGGGAUUUCUAUGGUUCAAGCACUGCUAGCAGAAAUACCUCAUCAAUUUCUGACCUAUGUUCGAAGCAGAGAUGUUCAACCAAAUUUGUGAUCAAGCACAUCGUACCAAACAGCCCGACAUAUCAAAUCACAUAUUUGUGUUGUCAUCGUUGGUCCAAUUAAGUUGGAAUGAAUGGGCAGUUGUGCAAUGUCGCACCGAGCUUAAAAACUUAUCUGUAGUCAGUGUUCAUACCGAUGAGUGGGUAUAUCCGUUUAGUGGUUGGCGUUUUUCCGAUGGGGACAGAAGUUUACUCGAGUAAUUAUUGGCUUUUAGAUGUGCCAAGGAUCCUUUCUCUAUUCUAGAGAAUAUGAUAGGUGAUACCAUGUCUUUUACUCUUUGAUUCGAUAAAAGAAUUGAAAGGAAUAUUAGAGAGAUAUCUUCGUUUCAUAUCUUGUGCAUUGGAACUUUAUUUGUGGAUUCAAUGAAUGGAUUACUGAACCUCCGGACUUGCCUGAAUCGUCAAGGUUUCGGAGAAAACUAA